AUCGCGCAAGUCGUGAUGACAGUCAUCGUCUACCAAAAAUGGACCGUCCACGUGUUUAGUCCCAUCGAGAAUCCGACGCCACGGCACUCGAGAUAUUUAUGGGUACAAAACCCCCUACCCCGAUCUGCCCCUCGGCUUUUGUUUCGAGUGCCUGCUUCAUUUCUCGCUUCUGCUCCUCUGCCUCCACGAUCAGCGAUCAUGUCGGACGAAGAGCAUCAUUUCGAGUCGAAGGCCGAUGCCGGAGCGUCCAAGACCUACCCGCAGCAGGCUGGAACGAUCCGCAAGAAUGGGUACAUCGUCAUCAAGAACAGGCCCUGCAAGGUUGUUGAAGUGUCAACCUCCAAGACUGGGAAGCAUGGUCAUGCAAAAUGUCACUUUGUUGCCAUAGAUAUCUUCAAUGCAAAAAAGCUUGAGGAUAUUGUGCCAUCUUCUCACAACUGUGAUGUUCCACAUGUCACUCGAACUGAUUAUCAACUGAUUGACAUUUCUGAAGAUGGAUUUGUGAGCCUUCUGACUGAAAAUGGUAACACCAAAGAUGAUUUGAGACUCCCGACUGAUGAAACUUUGUUAGCUCAGAUCAAAGAUGGGUUUGCAGAGGGAAAAGAUCUGGUUGUUACUGUGAUGUCUGCGAUGGGUGAGGAACAGAUUUGUGCUCUGAAGGAUAUUGGCCCCAAGUAGUUAUUGUCUGUUGGGAUCCAAUUUAAGAGGUUUGGCUGUCAUCACUGUGGCAGGUGGUCAGAAAGUGACCUGUUAUCUGUUAGGCUUCGGCGGUAGUUUGGAUGAACUAGCUCCCCUUGAACCAUGUAAGGUGAGCACUGUUAUCAAAGUUGUUUCUCUAGUAAUUAAGAUCAAUAUCUUAGGUAGGCUCAAUAUAUGUGAAUGCUGAAUAUAAUGCUCAUCUUGGUAUGCUAGAAGCUAUCUUUGUACUCUGUGCUUCUUGUUGAUGUCUUAAGAUUAUAUAUAGUGAACUGUGUGCACGUGAUCCUCAA